AUGGCUAUUACCACUGAGACCUACACUGAAAUCGAGCUCGAGUCCUUGAAGGCCAAGCCCACAAUCCACCCUGUUCAAGAGGGAUCUUCUAGUCAACACCCAGUGGAGCCUGUCACCAGUGAGCCCCUUAGCAAUGUUUCCUCGGUUCCUGCCCCAGGCCAUCUGUUUCCUGAGGGAGGAUGGAGGGCCUACAGUGUGGUGUUGGGAUCGUUUUUGGGUCUUAUUGUAAACUUCGGAUCCAUCAACUCCAUAGGUGCCAUCCAGACUUACAUCUCUACCCAUCAAUUGGCAGGCAUCAACAAUUCUACUGUUUCAUGGAUUUUCUCCAUAUAUUUGUUCAUCUCAUUUGCCCUGUGCAUGUUUGUGGGGCCCUACUUUGAUAGAAAAGGGCCCCUUGCUCCCUUGAUAUUGGGGACGCUUUUAGUGUUUGGAGGAUAUAUGGCCGUUGGAAGUUCCCACACCGUGUGGCAGUUCAUUCUUUCAUUGUCGGUGUGUGUAGGGGUGGGAAACGCAAUGUGCAUCUCUCCUUUGGUAGGUGUGGUGGGCCACUGGUUUCUUGUCAAAAGAGGCCGUGCUACUGGCUUGGCUACAUUAGGUGGCUCUGUUGGAGGGAUCGUGAUUCCUCUCUUGUUGAGUUCGUUAUACCCCAAAACAGGAUUUGUCACUGCACUUCGGGUUCUCGCUUGCUUUUGCUUGGGAUUGAUGAUCUUCUCCAUCGUGUUGGCAAAAGAUCGGUUGCGGACCGACAGAGACCCAAUUGUGGAGACUGAGGAUCAUAUUUCCAAACGCAAGCAGGUCUUAGUCAAUGCGAGGGACUUCUUCAAUUUCAAAGCCUUGAGAGAACUCAAAUACACUUUGUUGAUCGCAGGUGUCUUUUUCACAGAGCUUUCCUUAAUGUGUAUGGUUACUUACUAUGCUUCCUAUGCCAUUGCUAGAGGAAUGCCGGAAUCAAAUGCUUAUUUAUUGUUGACCAUAUUCAAUGCAACCGGAAUAUUGGGCAGAAUAUUACCUGGUUAUCUUUCCGACUACCUUGGCCACUUCAAUGUCAAUAUACUCAUGCUUAUAGGUUACAACUUGUCGAUUUUCUUAUUGUGGAUACCAUUUGGUGGAAACUUUGCCGUUCUUCAUGCCAAUGCUGCUAUUGCUGGUUUCUUUAGCUCUUCAAUCCUUAGUCUUGCACCUGUUUGUUUAGGAACUAUCACCCCGGUGGAGAAUUUUGGUCAGAGAUAUGGUCUACUUUACUUCUUUGCCAGCAUAGGAAACUUGUUUGGGAUGCCUGUCGGUGCAGCCAUUAUUGGCAAAGGAAGUGUUCACAAUUAUAACUUAUUUGCAUUAUUCUGUGGGAUGUUUGCCAUUGCAGGGACUUUCAGCUGGUACGCCAGUCGCUACUGUAUCGUUGGGUUGAAAUUGAACGUGAAGGUCUAA